GCAGGCGUAAAAAAAAAGUUGGGUGAUGCUAGCUCCUCCGCUGCUAGUCACCUUUUUACCAGCAAAGAGGGAAGUAACGUCCGAGGGGCUGAAAGAAAACAGCGUGAGAACACUGUCAAAGACUGGAGCUGAUGCCCCGGCGACUUCAGUAAACUCUAUCUGUACUCUUCAUUUGGGAGAAACUAAACGCCGGGGAAAUGACCGCCGAGUGCGCAGAAGUUUGUGUUUAUUGAUGUGAGAGCUAGCUGGUUGGCCCAGUUAGCCUGUUAGCGAGGUAGGUGCGCGGUGUUGUGGCUCUUCAACACCAAUAUUUGGGUAACUAAAGCCAAACCUGACAGAUAAGUUAGGAGGUUUCAAGUUGCUGGUUGUAUCUUGACACUUUCAAAGUUGGGCAGAUGUCGUGACGGCUCGUUGAUUUGGCUUCCUAACUCUUACUGUGGGCCACAAGCUUUGAACCUUGUAAAGUCUAAGAAAACAGCUGAUUUAUAAACUGUGAAAACGGACUUUAAACGUCUGUCCUUUAGACGUUGAUCAGAUCAGCGCCAAGGACGAUCUAAAUCCUUCCCUGUGCACUUCUGCGGGUGAACAACCAGCUCCAUCAGGGUCGCAUCGGACGAGCAGAACCUUUACUAUCAUCGGACUUAAUUCAUCAUCAUCAUCCUCAUCAUCGUCGUCAGUAAUGGCCCCCCUGUCCAGCUAGUACGACGCUUGUAGAUCAGCAGCAGCCCUUUAACUAUGGGAGGAUGUGUGGGGAGAUACUGGGAAGGCUGGGAGGACACACAGAGCAGAGGUUCGUCCAGGAACGGAGGACGAGGAGGUAAGCAGAGACUUUGUUUGGUUUGGAGAUGCCUUAUUGUAUCAUAAAAAUCACAGACCAUUUGUUUUCAUUGAACAUUUAUUCUGAUCCUGCUUUUCUCUUGCACUUUCCCAACAAGUUAAAUACACGCAGCUGUGUAAAAAAGCACCAGAGAUGGUUGAUGCUAGGGCUGAGCGAUAAGACAAUAACGAAAUAUAUUGAAAACAGUUGUUUUCGUUGACGAUGACGUUGACAAAAGUAUUUUGUAAUCAUCAACGAAACAACACUGCAGAACAUAUGUUUAGUGUUUGACUGAUGAAAUGCUCAUGAAUUUUGCAACUCUGUUCGUCAUCCACUGCUAACGUUUUUGUCUAGUCUAGUCUCGUCUCAUCAACGUAAACGCACAUUCGUCUCGUCACAUUUUAGACAUCUAAGACUUAUGUUUAGCUCGUCAACGUCACAUCUUCAUCGUGGAAAAAAAGGGGCAUUGACGAAAUAUUUUCGUCAACGAAAACAACACUGAUCAAAAAUAAAUUUUCCUCGAUAUCAAUAUGAAACAUGGUCGUAAUAUGCUUUUCAACAGUCGGCAUUCUGCCAUGUUUUGGUAGACUAUACGAAUAGCCGAUGAAAAGGGGAGUUGCUCCGAGUCGUGCCGCGCUGAACCAAUCAUGCUGAAUUAGAACCAAGUAGCAAACAACUGCGUAGUAGCAGGUUGCAGCUACACGCAACCAUAGCACUGUAACACGUGAAGCCGAAAAUGAGUGCUACCCCUAUCCUCACUCCGAAGUAUCUCAAGUAACCACCUUGUGAUUGGGUUUCACCUCCUUGCACACCUUUAUUUUUCUAUGCACUGUUUAACUGGCAAACAGAAAUGACUUGGUGCAUAACAGCAUUUAAAAGUCUCAGAAUUUUCUCUAUAAAAAUCUAAUUUAUCAGCACGAUCAGGCCAAAAGUUUACAUCAUUUAGGUGCACUGAAAUGCCAAUGACAUUGUGCAGUGUCUAGGACAAAUAAUGACAACCAUUAAUAAAACAGAGGGACACAGACAGAUACUGCCCUUUUCACGAAUUUUGAUAGCCAGUCUGUAUGACUACUGGUGUCAUAUUCUUAGUUGUAAGCAUAAAUGUAAUGCACUUUCGACUGUUGGCUGCCUGGAUUUAGCUAACUGAUGCAGAGCUUAUGUGUGUGUGUGUGUGUCUGCAGACAGUACACUGGUCAGCUGCUUUUCAUGCUGCUGUGAGAACAUAGUUUUCUGAAAUUGCAAACACAACAUACAGGAUAUGAUGUAACUCCCUAUUGUGUUUCUCUCCCUGCGUGUCUGUGUGUGUGUGUUUUAAGUUUUGCACCUGGAUAUAUUUUGUUAUCUUGGAUUCACUUGACACUGAAAAAUGCACCCCCCACUACACCUCCACUUUCCCGACACUGCACUUUAAUAAAACCUGGCAAUUCUCUCUAUCCAGCAAUUUCAAGCUUCGCACCUAAUCCUAAGUCUUUGAAUCACCACAUCGCUGUUUUAAUAAGUGACCAUGUGGGUUAACAGCAACACUAAUGCUAACACAAAUACGAUACAUUGAUUUCAAAAGUCGUUGAUAUGUUGCCUGUUCUCAUGAGGCUCUUGCGAUCAUGUCCAGAAGUAACUCACCUUCCAAGAGGAUAGCAUUCAUCCAAAGAUAAACAGUGGCUAGCUGCCAUCAUUUGCUCUUUACACUUGUCCUCGAUAGUGACAGAUAGGUUUUAGAUUGCAGCUUCAGCACUCACUAAGAAUUAAUGUUACAUUUACAGCCAGACUAUACUGCACGACCAGGCGCUGCACAGCUGGGCUGGCAAACACUGAAUUUCUGCAUAGUUUCAACAUAAGCCAACAAUGUCAGUGUUAUUUAGUCUGGGUUCUUUUUUAAUAAAAUUUAUGGUGAGACUCAUUGAAAUGUCUAUUUCUCAUUGUAUUAUUAUGGUAUUCACAUUCAUCAAUGUUUUUAUAAACUCACAAAGGAUUGAAAACAAGCAUUGGGCACUUUAGAGAUGGAGGGAAGCCUUGUAGGUCAGUUAUGUAGUCACUUCUACCAGCCAGUUACACAAAUACACUUGAGUUCACUGCAUCACUGUCACGUUAAGUAUUUCCAAAGAAGCAAAGUUCCCUUUUAUGUGACGGUUUAGGAAUCUGUCUGUUUUACAUUUGGAUGCAGGUUCUGUCGUCUUUGUUUCCUGCAUCUCUGCUAAUGGAAAGUUUUUCAGCCUUUUAUGACCGGCAGAAAUCAUCUCUGGUGUAAAUCAGAAAGAUGACAGAACAUUCAAAGACUCGGUCGAGCUUUGUGCAAUAGUUUUAGGAAAGUUAAGGUCAACUUUUUCAGCCUUGGCCUCGUGGAUGCAUUCCAUAAUGAACAUCUGAUAUCUAUUGUCUAAACAGAUUAUAAUCUUCAAAUAACUUGUCUUUCUCUGUAAACUGUCAGUGAUGCCAAGAUUUGGAGUUAAGGCCCUUGCAGCAAAAAAUGUCCAGGUUUUUUUGGCUCUGGCUCGUGGCAGUUCCCCACCCAGAUUCAUAAAACCUCCCAACUACACUAGGGCGCUAUCAAAAGGAACAAGUCCCAUCACGUUCCACUGCAUCACUGACUGACUCCGUAAAUGGGACAGAGUCAACUCUACCUAACACACCCUCAAACAGACAGACAGACAGACAGACAGACAGACAGGUGAAAGCAGCAUGCUCAUGAGGAAUCCUUCCGUUUUCACACACUGCUCUUUUUACAUUGUUUGACCUUUUAUAUUCAACAACAUCUUAACCAUACUCUAACAGCUGACAGUGGAGAGCAACACUAUGCAUAUCAAGCAGCAAAUACACAACAAGAGUCUCAACCUGCAGUGUUUGUGCAACCUGGAAAGUAAGGUUAUGGAGCUGCAACAAUUGUUCCAAGAUUCAACCAAAUGUUCAACACAUGAUUUGGCUUACUAAAAGUGCAUUAACUAAAAAAAAAGCAGCAUUAUGUAUUAAAAUGCAGAGGGAGUGACUUAAUUUGAAGACAAACCAGUGUUACCUUCUGGUCUGGGCAGUUAUUUCCAUUAUAUUCUUAAUGAGCCGUAACUGUAUGGCUCUUCCCUUUCUCAGCACAGUGGUUCUGACUUUUUCUUCAUUAUUAUUUUUUUUAUUAUAUGUUUAGUUGAUUAAUAUCUUAUGAAAGAGGGGCAGACUCUAAGAUUUUUCUUCUUUCUGCUGCUUUUCAUUUACACGAUUUUUCUUUGUUUGUAUUAAAUGUUUUAUACACUAACACAGUGGUUCUCAAGUCCAGUCCUCGAGGCCCACUGUCCUGCAUGUUGGAUGUUUCCCUGCUCCAACACACCUGAUUCAAAUGAUCAGCUCGUUAUCAAGCUCUGUAAUUGCUUAAUAACGAGCUAAUCAUUUGAAUCAGGUGUGUUGGAGCAGGGAAACAUCCAACAUGCAGGACAGUGGGCCUCGAGGACUGGACUUGAGAACCACUGAACUAACGGAGUGAAAUUAAGUAUCAAAAAUAGUGUAGGGACAGUCGACCCCAGUCUGCAAAAUCUGCCCAUCAAAAGUUAUGGCUAAAGGGUCGCAAACAUCAUCUUUCAAAACAGUCCUCACUUUGCCAGUACCAAAUUUUCUGCUUUUCAUGCCAGUUGUGACACGACAAGAAGAGUCUCUGGGUUUGACCUCCUCUAACAUUGACAUAAAGAUAAAAAGGAGGGGUUUUUAACUGUUUACUACACCCCAUAGAGAAAACAGAGUUAUCAGCCCACAAAGAUUAACAGUCGUGUCUUGGAAACAUCGUGUGCCGUCUUAUCAGAAAUCAGCCGCAGGAUAUAUUUCAGUUUUUUUUGCUCACCUGGUUAAAAAGUUUUCAAAAGUAACAUGAUGUACACUACCAGAGACUGCUCUCUUAGAACUACAGCUGCUUUAUCUACUGAAUGGCCAUUUGUGGCGUGAUAAGAUAACCACCAACGAGGAUGAGUCCUCAUGUGCGGGGUUGUGCUCAUGAACCCUGACUCAGUAUGGUCAUGCAUGAUUUCAGCCUGUGUCCGGUUUCAGAGAGCACUUCCCUUUUGUUGAUGGGCUCCAGACAUGUUCCCUGUUGCUCGUUUUUAAAGAGGGACACUGAAAACACCCCAAAUUUAUGGCUUGCCUCAUGUGAGGGGAAUGUUGGAGUCGGUUCAGUGUCUUUGCUGGGCCAACACAGCAUUAUUUGUUGCAGCUGAACAUGCUCUUUCCCAGGAGCAGGUCAUUCUUUAACACCCGCCUUAUGGCUGUAGGGUGUGUUGUUAUGUUUGUGAGUGAUAUAGGAGUCAGAGAAGUCGUGUUGAUGUCUCACCUUAUUAACAGUCAAACCUGCAUAUACAGCAGGCUAUAUAGAAGCCUCAUCACUUGGCACCUGCUUUUAUGAGCCCAGCUGGAGGAAAACACCCUCAUGUUGCUUCAUAUGUCAGAAAUGCAUUGCUUCAUGUGUCUCUGUCCAGUGUUUUCAUAUAACAUACAGAUUCUAAGCUGAUGGCUUUGCUCUGUAUUUUCUUUGCAGAGCUCACUCACUUAUGAUUAAUGUCCUAAGCUAUAAAGCUCGACAUUUCUGUAGAAGUCCUCCUGUCUUGUUCAGUCACUGUGCCACAUUGAGAUAACAAGUCGGUGCUGUCAGUCAGGGGGAGGCAUUGGCACACUGUAACUGAAUUUUCAGGGUCCUUCAAAAGUCUGCCACAAUGACACAACAGCUUUUACAAUUUCACAACAGAAGUGAUUGUGAAAUAGGCACUACAGAGUAGGAAGUUGUGUUCAUGUGUGUGUGUGUAUACAGAGAGGCAAAAGUUUUAAUAAUUAUGUUGAAUUGAUUAAAGAUGUGCAUCAAAUCUCAUGUAAUCUGUUUGCUAUAAUAUACUUUGAACUUUUAAGUGUCCUUGCUGAUGUUUGUUUCAACCUUGAUAGCGAUUAUUGUUCUAAAGUGACAGCAAUGUGCCAUAUUAACUGUUUGUGUUUAUGAGCAGGCUGUAAAAAAUGAAAUCAUGUAGGGCUGGGUGAUAAACCGAAAAUUCAUAAAUACCAAAAUAUGCGACAAAAACUGACGUCAUUUUGCCCAUAUUGGUAUAUUCUGUGUCAAACAAACAAACAAAUAAAAAGAUAAAAGUUGGUUUUAGAUGUGUGAAGGUAGGCUAUGGUCUCAUGUCCCUUUUAAGACGCUGUCCCAAGUCAAAGACGUGACUCCACCCCAUCCAGUCCGUAACAAAGAGGGAAAGACAGGUGAGGAGAUGGAGGACAGUUUAAAAUUUGUAGCGGCUGGAGCAGCAGCUGAUAGGGAUGAGAAGUUUUAAUGAUAGCCUGAAUGAAAUCAAUAAAGGCACACGCUUUUGAAUCUACCCAGUGGUAAGGAAAACUUCGAUUAUUCCGCCUUGUUAUGUACUUUUAACCGCGCUCCUGGCAGGGGUACAUUCUACGGCACAACACCGGUUGAACACCGGUCGUCAGCCGCUGCUGCCCCUUCUCAGCACAGCAUUGAAGGCACAUUUGAUAGUGUGACCAUACGUGUUCUUUUACCUGGACAUGUUCUCUAUUGGGGGGCUUUCCAGGGGAGUUCAUAAAAUGUCUGGAACAUGUAUCCAUUGAUUAUAAAACAGUGCAGCGCAUCAGUGCUCUCUACAGCUCCACCCCUCUGCUCACUUCUAAGCAAAGCCACUGACGCGACGCGCGCAUGCACUCUCUUUGAGAAUUCAGAAUAUACAUUUAACUUAAGAGUUAAAAGUGUGUAAGAACUCUCAACCCGACCACAAAAAGAGAGAAAAAAACCCUCAAAAUUGCACACACAAGUCUGCCCCGUGAAGUGGUGUCCUCUUUUUGGGGAUUCAGAAUAUGUUCACCCUAACAUAUGUCCUGUGUUUACAUAAGCACAAUGCAUGCCAGAAAUGCUGUACAAAUAGCAUUUUUGUUUGAUUAUUUUAGACUCUAACUGAAGGUGGCAUACAUCUGUUUCUGUUAUCAGAGACUCAAUAAAAUUUUAAGUUAACCGGUGAAAACCUGUUUUAAUCGAAGAAAGGCAUUGAUAAGGGAAUCGUUAAAGAAUUGAAUCAAUAAUGGCAUCGAUAAAAUCUUACCAAUUCCCAUCCCUAGCGGCUGAAGUAGAUGAAGUUAAUGUGGGAGGUGGUGAGCAGCUUGUGGAGUAGUUAUCAUCCAUUUAUUGUUAUCGAAGUGAACUGCUCAAUAUACCGUGAUAUUGAUUUGAGGACAUAUCGCCCAGCCCUAAUGUCACGUGAGACAUGGACGGUAUGUAAAUCAAGCAGGACCUUGAUUGAUUUGUGCUGAUUAGCAUCCUCAUGUUGGCUGUUGUAACUGGCUUUGUCUUUACCGAGGCCCACAACUAGGUAGAAGUUACAAGUGUAAAAUCAGCACUGUUGAAUUUGUUAAAUAAGGACGUAGUUGUGUUUUGCUCCACUUGAUCAGCUGUGUCCACACCAUGUCCUGCUCUCUGACUAUCUCUUUCUGACUUACGAUGAUGACAGCAAACCCGAGUAUAUGGAAUCAGUCAUUUUACCUCUAUGUUUUUGCAGAACUUACUUUAAAAUCGGUACAGGUGUAUUUCAAGAGAUUGCAUCACACGUGGUAGAUGCUACAGCAGAGGGGACACGAUGGUAUAUCUUGGAUACUAUCACUGCACUUCAGAUUACCUGUCAUACACACGAGGCCCACACACGACCUGCCCUCAUUUAAACAGGAAGUAUCAUUUUGCCAAGGGGUCAGUGAGUUCACAAUGAACUUGACAAGUACAGUUUUAGCAUGAUUCGUAUCAGAUAGCAACAUUUUCUCUUUUUCCUCACAGAUAACCACCAACACCAGAUUGCUGAUAGAGAUGCUGUCAUUUGUUGCUUUAUUCACAAACUGUUGGGCAUGUGAUUAAAUUGGCAAGUAUUUUAAUAAUUAAUCAAUAGUUUGUACCAAAAGUGCCCAACAUUUAAUUGCCACAGCUUCUUCGGUGUGAUUCAUACCUGGCUGCUGUGUUUCUCAGUGAGUAAUGGUGGUUUUGUUUGUGUGAUUUCAAAGAAUGAUAAUAUUCGACCAGACGUUGCCCUUGAACCCUUUUUCCUACUUCUAUUCUGAUGAAGCCCAUUUACUCUACUUCAGGAUUCCCUCAUCUUCAAGUGCUAAUCCAACACCACCUCCUGUCCUCUAAAUCGCUCCUCUAAGCUCUCGCUCUAUAAAUAAUUAGUUUGGAAGAAAUGUAACCCUUUGGAUAUGCGCUGUCUUCUCUCUCAUACUGCUCUUCAUCUCUAUCAAUGACGGGUAUCUCUGCCUCUCAGGCAUUUUGGUAACAUAAGCUUUGGCUUGUUUGAACCCGUUCACACAAGUAUUUUAGAAUCUUUCCGACAAUGUAGACUGAUGUGGCAGCCCGUAGGCAACUAUUUAGAAAACAAAUCCACUGUUAUUUCACUAGACUUGGGGUGGGGAAUGUUUAUUAAAUCACUGGAUAACACUGAGAAGGUAAAUCGUAGUGUUUAUGUCGGGUAACCACAAGUUUUCGGAUCUAAAUAUUCAAACAUUUUACAUCAAAACGUUGUCCAGAGUUGAUUUUUUCAUCCCAUUGUCUUCAUGUUUGUGACCCUCAUGGCUCCACUAACAUACACGGUCUCCAGGCAGGUAUACCUCGUGUUAAUAUUGAAUGGUGGGAAACACAGGUAAAGUUACACGACAGAUUUAGGCUACACAUGCUUCAUGCAUAUUGCAAACUCUGGAUGACCUCCUAAUUUUAGAUCAGGAUAACAAGACGGACUGGGAUGGGAUUUCUAUGACUCUGGUAAGGGCUCGUGUUUCCCUCUGCUGCCACAUCUGUUCAUAAGAUUUAAGAGAGGUAACAUAAAUAUGAUUCAUACAUGAAAAUUAAGUCUAACUGAACAUUAUUCCUGUACUUAACACACAGUGAUACAACAUCGGGAAUUCAAUCUACUCUGUCAGUGGCACUAAAAAUGCACUAAUAGAUUAGAUUUGACACCUAACUCCCUCCGGUUAUUUCCAGUAUUGGGAAAAUUAAUUGAUGUGUAUAUUUGGGCUGGGCAGUAAACCAAAGAUUUAACGAUACCGAAACUGACGACAAUAGCCAACGUUAUUUUACCCACAUCAGUAUAUUCAGUGUCAAGAAAAUACAUAGAUAAAAGUUGUUUUUGGAUGUGUGUAGGUAGGCUUUGGUCUCAUGUCACUUUUAAGACGCUGUCCUACGUCAGAGACGUGACUCCACCGCAUCGGUUAAAAAUUUGUAGUGGCUGGAGUGGCGACCGAAGUAGACAAAGUUAAUGUGGGAGGUGGUGAGCUGCUUGUGGAGUAGUUAUCAUCCAUUUAUGAUUGAGGUGAAAUGCUCAAUAUAUCGUGAUAUUAAUUUGAGGCCAUAUCGCCCAGCCCUAAUGUAUGUAAAACUUAUAGGAGCUUCCUCAUAUGACUUGAACAUGUUUGUUUGGACCUCAGAGACCUCAUUUGGUGCAGGGAUGAGGAUUUAUUAAAUUGACUACUAGUUUAAAAUUGGAUUGUUAAGUUGGCAUGUUGUUGCACAUCUAUGAUAUCUUAAUAUGAUAUAUCUAUGUAUAUUCAGAAUAUGGUUAAAGUUAUAAUAUAAGGUUCAAAACAGCACAUUUGUCUGUGUGUAUACUUUUUAACUUGACUGACUUCCAGAGGGGAAAAAAAGUUCCCGAACUGUUUGCUGUAUAAGCUAAAUGUUAUAAACUCUGCUUGGUAUAGACUCUUUUCACGUAUCAACGUUCAGUCUGUUAUUAUGGAAAAGUCCAACAACAACUCAGACUUUAAAUGGUUCUUUGGCCUGCAGAGAUGCAGACUUGACUCCGAGGUGUUUUCACUCUCAGUCAGCAGCAUUUUCUCUUUAUUUUCAACUUUUCUUUUUCCUUUGUUGCUGGCUUGUUGCUAGCGUGCCUGUUUCAAAUUAGCGGAGUGACUUUUGAACUGUAAGUAUGAAACAUCUGUCUCUUAGUUGAAAGAAUAACAGAAACUCAUCUCAGGAAUUAGUCUUGACCAUUUAAGUAACAUGCCAACACACACACAGAUGUGGAUUUGCAAAUGUUGAUCAUUUUUAGUGAUUUUGUUAUCCAUUUUGUGACCUUUCCUUUCAUUGCACACUUUGAAGUCCUCAACAUGUAAGGUCACGAUAAAUCAAAGUUGUAGUCCUGUGGAUGAUACUAAUCGAUUAAGUAACAUUAGACACAAAAAGCUGGCUAUACUGGUUGGGUCACAACUUGAAACAUCUGAACUGGAACACAAACAGAUCCUGUUUAAAAGCACAGCUCUUGGUUUCCAGGUACCAGUGACUGUUUGUAUACGAGAUGUUGUGGUCUCUUUCAGCCAGAAGAAACCACAGACUUUUUUUUCCAGUGGGCUGAUUUUCCCUCUCUUAUCCCUCUCAUCGCAGGCCGAAACGAGCCUCUGAAGAAAGAUCGUCCAAAGUGGAAGAGCGACUAUCCGAUGACAGAGGGACAGCUGCGGAGCAAGCGGGACGAGUUCUGGGACACAGCCCCAGCCUUUGAGGGCCGUAAGGAGAUCUGGGACGCCCUGAAAGCUGCAGCUGUAGCUCUGGAGUGCAAUGACCACGAGCUGGCUCAGGCCAUAGUGGAUGGAGCCAGCAUCACACUGCCACAUGGUGAGGACAGAAAACUCCCGUACCAAAGAACCAAACCCAAAUCUAGAAUGCACAAAACAGCCACAGGUCAGGUUAUUUGUUAGUGACUAGAUUUAAAGGCACUUUUCUCUCUUUUUUCUACAUCCUCCCUCUCCAGGGACUCUAGCAGAGUGUUAUGAUGAACUUGGGAACCGUUACCAACUUCCCGUCUACUGCCUGGCUCCACCAGUCAACCUCAUCUCAGAGCGCAGCGACGAGGAUCCAAGUGACAGCCCUGAGCCCCCUGUGGCACCCAAGAAGGAAUUCCAGCUCAAAGUACAGUAGCAAAUCUUCUUUUUUCCUGUACACAGAUAUAUGAGAGCAGUAAUUCAACUCAAGUAUGUCUAUAAUUCAGACAAAUGCGUCAGCUUGUUUUGUUAACUAAAUCACAGACAUGUCAGAGGUCUGACAGCAGAAACUGCAUCUUUGGCAUUCAGGGUCCCCAGCAGAAAUAAUUCCAAGUUGACCUUAAAAACCUUUGAUUUCUUAAAUUCCCCUCAAGUGCUCUUAUCUCAUCAAAAAUGUUGUUUGAUUCUUAAUGUACCAUGGACCAAUGACUUACAAGCUAGAUACUUUCCAUCAGCUCCAGCUGCACUUUGUGUUGAGCUAAAUAGCAAAUGUUGGCAUGUCUAACAAAACUAAAGGGUGAAAACUAUUGGUAUAACGCUUGUUAAACAUCAGUAUGUUGGCACUGUCAUUUUAAGCAUGAUACCAUACUGAAGAUAGCAUCAAGAUGAAAGUAUCAACAGAACAACCUCAAAGGAAAAUUGGCUGCAGUAAUUGUUAGUUAUUCAAGUUGAAAAUAUGAGAUUUCUGUCUGAUCUACAAAAUAUACAAAAUUUUUACAUCACCAUUACCUACUAUUCAUGUAGAACUUGUAGAAUUAAAAGUCAUUCUGACCCAAAGUCCCAACGUAGACCAGGAAACCUGAAGCACAGCACAAAUAGCAUGCAUAGACCCUCUUGUGGGUUUUGGAAACACUGCAUUCAGUGACUCUCUCAACAAAUCACAAAACACCUCAAAACAGCAUCCUUUUGUGAACUCCAGUAGUGGUUACCUGUGACCGUCAGUUAGGAGCAGUGACCGAAGACAAAGAUUUACUCACUCUUUGUAUAAUAUUUUCUUUUCAAAACCUACUUUGGUCGUUUCUGUGUUUGGUAUUGGAUUUACUUAAAGGGAUAUUCCAGUGUAAAAUUAAUUUAGGGUCAAACACACCGUAACACCGAGUUAGACACCCCCUCGGAAGAUGAAUGUUGCCGACCACUUGCUUCUCUAGUUAUACCAAUUCGCCUGAGCUCUCCAUACAAACAAACGGCUGCUGGAAGAGAGUAGGUGAGUUGUGUUGAGUCUCUUUCCUAGUUAAAAGUUAAAAGAUGUUUGGUGGCUAGUACUAUGGCUGGGACCCUAUAUGUUCUGUUGAUGAAGUUAGGUGCUGUUCUGAGCAUUAUUUGUGGCUAUAGAGUGGCGUUUUGGUUGAGGUCUAUUUAUUGCUUCUCAGGCUGCUGUGUAUUGCUAUCGUGCGGUCGUUACUGAAGUUGGUAUAACUAGAGAAGCAAGCUAUCAGCAACAUUCAUCUCUCGAGGGGGUGUCUAACUCGGUGUUACGGUGUGUUUGACCAUAAAUUAAUUUUAUGCUGGAAUAUCCCUUUAACAGAUCAGUUCUAGGUCGAUAAAGGACAUCUGAUUCUCUAAAAUGUGUUCUUUUCUUAAUAUGAACAACAUCUGAUAAAAGUGACUUAAUUGUAGCGAGCUGGAACAUGUUUUUGUUGAUUUUAUUUUUUAGACCAUUUUUUUUUAGGGAUUCUAAAUAUCAAUCAAUCAAUCAAUCAAUCAACUUUAUUUCUAUAGCACAUUUUAAAAUAACCACAAGGGUAGUCAAAGUGCUGUACAUAAAACAAAUAACACAAAGAGCAAGAUAAAGUGAGCAGAAAUACAUUAAUGCAAGGGGAUAAAUAAGUAAAUAAAUAAGCAGGCUCACGGCAGGUGCUAAAAUGAUAAAAAACAAAGUAACACUAAAAAGUAUCAAAAGCCAAGGAGUAAAAGUGUGUUUUUAAAAGGGAUUUAAAAACAGGAAAUGAGGAGGCCUGUCUGAUAUUCAAGGGCAACUCGUUCCAGAGCUUCGGGGCAGCAGCAGCAAACGCUCUGUCCCCUCUGAGCUUCAGCCUUGUAUAUGGGACCGUCAGUAGCAGCUGAAUAUCAUCAAGAUGUGAUUUUUUUGCCAACAUAACACAUCCCUGAUGCUUGUUAACCAUUAGUUUGUUCUUGUUACACAUCAGUCUUUGUAUUCCAUCAGAAUGCCAGUGGCCGGUACUGCAAGAUAAAGUUUGGAUUAUAACCCAAAGUCACAUUUUGCAUUCGACUACAGUCAGUGUUUUACGAAUAUCUCUUUUCCUUUUUAAGGUGCGGCUCUCUACAGGCAAAGACCUGCGCCUCAGCGCCAGCAUGGCUGACACCAUCGGGCAGCUGAAGAAGCAGCUCCAGGCUCAGGAAGACCUCGAUGCCACCCACCAGCGCUGGUUCUUCUCUGGGAAGCUCCUGACCGACAAGACGCGGCUGCAGGACACUAAAAUCCAGAAGGACUUUGUCAUCCAGGUCAUCGUCAACCCACAAGCCCUCCAAACCCCCAAGCCAUCACCCGUCACCACCCCUGCCUCCUCGCCUGUCUCUGAAUAGUUGAGGAUACAGAGAACGGAUGGACAGUGGUGGUGUAGUGGGCUGCAGACAGAAAGACCAGAGGUGCCUCCAAGUGCUGGAUAACUUUUUUUUCAAAGAGCUACUGUUAUUGAAAUCAAAUCAAACUGCAAAGGUACGAAACUUAUGUGGAACAAAAACAUGAGGGAGAAACUUAGAAGUGCUGCUUUCUUUCAUCUACCACAUGUUGUUGUUUCUGUGAGUCUGCUGGGUCUGAUCUGUCGGUGAAUCCAGGCAGCCGCCACACUAACUGUGAAGAUAGCCGUCCUCUUGUCUUUUUUCAACCAUCUCCAACAGAAGCAGAAGUUACCGCGAAGGUGUGCAGCCACAUUCACAGUGUGCACAUCAUGCCGCACUGCAGACUCUGCCUCUGAACCUGUGUCUGCACUGAUGCCAACAAAGUGCCAAUGGAAGUUAAUGCAGAGGUGUCUGUUAUGGUUAAGAAGCACAUUACUGCUACGACGCCCGUUCACUCUGCACUGCGAUCCUUUUCUCCACAGACACAGGAGAGGAGUGCAGAGAGUGAGAUAUGGAACUGUUUUCUUCUCUCCUUUUAUCGAGGAAAUAUUGUAAACUGAGCUUUUUUGCACAUUUGAAUAUGACUAUACUUUUGUGGUAGUUUGUGUGCCUUCUACAAGACAAAAAAUAAAAAGGGUUAAUGUCCUGAGAGAUGCUAGUUUUACUGCUAGGCUAAGACUUCUGUAUUUUUUUCAGGAACUUUUAGAUCAAUCCGAGCUGUUAUUGCUGCCUUUUUUUAAUGACUUCAAGAAUCCGAGGUGAGGAAAUAUUUCUUGUGAGGAUGCCUGGGCAUGUGUGUUGUGUGUGUGCGUGUGUAUGUGUGUGUAUGUGGGCUUAAGGAAUAUAUAUCUGGCCUCUCUGAUACAUUUCAGUUUGACGUAGCUUACAAAGACACGACUGUUUCUUUAGCGUAGAAGUCAUAGCUGUGCAUUCAAUCAUAUCAUAAUCUCUAGGGAAAUGCAAAAAUAAUGCAAUUUAAACUGCGUUAUUGACCACUUAAUGAUGACCACUAGGGGGCAGCAACACAACCCUGAUAGAGUUGUCCUUUUUUCCACUUCCACUCGCUGAAUGUAGAUCCAGCAUUCAUUCACUCACAUUUUAUGUUCGACUUUCUACACCAGCAGACAGCUGCAUGUUUUUAUAUACGGCUUUGAUAGGAGCAGCUUGAUGUCAGGGGUGGUGAAUGGAAAAAACUGAGCUGAGAGCUGCAACAGUAGCAGGAUCAGGUCUUGAUUCUCAGUGGAAUACAGGCAGCAGCCCUUCACCUGCUGACGCCUACUUGGGAUAUAUAAAUGUCUUCUGUGGGAGAGGUGCAUCAAGGGAAAUGUAGGAGCCAUUAUUUGCUGUUUUCCUUAAAUAAGGGAUUGAAAGUCAAGUUUUUCUUGGCGUUUUAAGGGUCUAAUUCACUCAUUCUUAUUUUAAUCUGUUUGUUACAAGUUCUCCAACUUCUUACAAAAGAAAUUGAAGAUCUCUGGAGUGUCUCUUUAUUAUCCGUGUCAGUCAAAAUUCUAGAGUUAACUCUUGAUUAGAGAGCAGGAAAUAAAGACAUAGUGGAUUAGUAGCAGGUAAACAAAUGACCUUUAUUUUUACAGACCUUAAGAUUAAAGGUACAGUGUGUGUAGAAAUGUGAAUAUCCAGUCAGGUGAUCGCAGUCAAAUCUAAGCAUACCUGUGAAUAUUAUGCUCCAUUUCUAUUAGUCUGUUCUGCUUGAUGCUAGAUACUAACGCCAUUUUUAACAGUUCUCAGGUGAAUUCCGUGUGCAGGAGAAAGGCUCAGCUAAAUGAUAUAUAACUGAAUUUAAUUAAAGCGUUACCUUUCACAAGUCAAGAAUCAUGUCUUUGUGCGCAGUUUUGCAAAUAUCCCAGUCCGCCCCUGAACAAUGGUAGCAUUCUUGUUCUGUAAAGCAGUACAACUGCAGUGACUCUCAGACAUCCUUUAAAGCAGUGGUUCUCAAGUCCAGUCCUCGAGCCC